AUGGAUACCAUCUUGGUCUUCAGCCUAAUCAUUACAUCCUAUGAUGCCAACAAGAAAGAACUCAGAGAUAGCCGUUGUCAAGUGGAACAGCUCCCUGGGCUCUUCUCAAUGGGUAUGAGAAGCACCAGGGAUGUGUUAACGCCAGAAGCUCAAGCUGAAGACAACAGGUCCACCUUGGACCAAAUUCUGACUGUGGCUACCUUGCAGUGCCUUGCCUCUGGGAGCAAAGUAAAAGUCAGCCUUGCAUAUUCAGAGAAAAGGCCAAAGGUCAAGUAUACUCUAAAGAACUUGAGAGUCAUUGCUGCUCCCCACAGAAGCAGCACUGCUUUCCCAAGCUGUCACCUAACCCCUACAUCCAACUUUCAGAAUGGAUCUCUUCUAACAGGCAAAGACACAGAUGAAAACCUAGAGAAGAGGCAGAAAUGGAGCCUUGUGGUCAAAUUUCUGAUUGCUGUCACUCUGUUGUUCAGUGGAAUCGCUAUUACAGUGUUUGUCGUUUUUGAAGUUCCAUGUCCUUGUCAAUGCCUAAGAACCAGAGAACUAUGCCAAUGCCGGCGAUUGUGGGAAAGGCGAAGGAAGGAAGGUCAACAACCUGAGGCAGCUGAAUCCCAGCCUCACUCUCAGCCAGAGAAGGAAAGUGUUGGACAAAAUGUUCCCAACUCAAACUCAAAGAAAGCUGCCGAGAUCACUGUUAUCCACCAGACAUACUUCUGA